GCGAUCGGCGAACAUCUGCGUGCCGCUACGCCUGCGUUCGGGACACUAUACACGUACUAUAACUGAUUAUACCCUCGGAUUGGAACAGCCAUGGCUAGGUUGAACGCUCUGCUGCUGCCCCUUAUUCUAUUCAUUAUUGCCUUUGUGGUGCACACAUCUCUGGCCACUGUUCAGCCAAAGGCGCCAAAUUUCCAGUACUUCGAAAGGCCCAAAUACCGCUAUCCCUACUACGAUGAACAUGGGCGUGGAAAACUCCUUUACGGCUAUGGAGGCCCGGAAUUGUAUCAGUACAAGACCUACACACCUCUGGAGGGCAUUCACUGAGUCCAUUAAUACAUAAUGUAAUACCUAGUUGCAUUGUAGUUCAUAAUUUAUAUGCUCCGCUUUAUUUAUUUCAUGUCUUGGCUUUGGCCAAAUGUAUUUAGUCUAUUGCGGUAGUAAACAUAUACAUAUACA